AGUGUAAAACUGGUGUAGGUCAGAAACGAUCAAAUUUUUUGAGAUGGAGGACUACGAUUUUUCUGAGAGCUCACAGAAUCGCCUUUUGAUCAAAAACGGCAAAAUCGUCAACGAAGACGACGUUAUAGACGAAGACAUCUAUAUUGAAGAUGGCAUUAUCAAGCAAAUUGGUAACAACCUUAUCAUACCUGGAGGAACAAGAGUUAUUGACGCCAGAGGAAGGUAUAUUUUGCCGGGCGGUAUUGAUCCACAUACCCAUUUCGACUUUGAAUUCAUGGGAACCAAGUCGUCGGAUUCCUUUUAUAGUGGGACCAAAGCUGCUAUUGCUGGAGGAACUACAAUGAUCAUUGAUUUUGUGUUCCCCAAAGAAGACGAAUCAUUGUUAGACGCAUUCUACGAGUACCGUCAAAAAGCUGAUGGUAAAGUAUGUUGCGACUACUCGCUACACGUCAUUCUCCCUCGCUGGUCUGAACAAAUUAAGAGAGAUAUGGAGAUACUAGUCAAAGAACACGGUGUCAACUCCUUUAAAGUCUUCAUGGCCUAUGGUUUCAUGUUGAAUGACGCAGAGUUAUACAGCGCUUUCGAACAGUGCCAGAAUUUAGGUGCUCUUGCUCAAGUUCAUGCUGAAAACGGUUCUAUCAUCGCCAAAAACGCUGAACGGUUGCUGGCUCAAGGCAUAACUGGUCCUGAAGGACACGAGAUGUCAAGGCCUGAAGAGGUAGAGGCUGAAGCUGUCAACAGGGCUUGCGUUAUAGCGAAACAGGUAAACUGUCCGUUAUAUGUAGUGCAUGUAAUGAGUAAAUCGGCUGCUAGAGCCGUAGAUUUUCAUAGAAGUGACGCCCGAGUGUAUGGUGAAACCUUAGUCGCAGCAUUGGGUACAGAUGGUACCCACUACAAGCAUGAAUGCUUCCAUCACUCGGCGGGUCACGUGCUUAGUCCCCCUCUCAGACCAGAUCCCAGCACGCCUUUGGUGUUAAUGAAUUGUUUAGCACAAGACGUUCUUCAACUGACAGGAAGUGACAACUGCACAUUCAACAAAGCCCAGAAGGAACUGGGCAAAAACGAUUUCACGAAAAUUCCAAAUGGAGUCAAUGGUGUAGAGGAUAGAAUGUCUGUUAUAUGGGAAAAGGGCGUGCAAACUGGUAUUAUAUCGCCCUGCAGAUUUGUGGCUGUGACAAGUACAAACGCUGCCAAAAUAUUUAAUUUGUAUCCUAGAAAAGGAUGUAUCGCUGUCGGAUCCGAUGCUGAUAUUGUUAUUUGGAAUGGAAAUGCCACCCGCACAAUAUCUGCAGAGACGCACCAUCAAGCAGUUGAUUUUAACAUUUUUGAAGGAAUGACGUGUCACGGAGUUCCGGAGUACGUAAUAGUUAACGGAAGAGUUUGUUUAGACGAUGGACAGUUACGAGUUGUGGAAGGGCAUGGCCACUUUGUAGAAACCCCAGUAUUUGCACCAUAUGUAUAUAAUCCUGAGGAAUUGGAUAAGAUAAAGCCUUCAAGAUAUGAUGAUGAUGAGUAUCUUGAAAUAACACCCAAAGUACUUAAGAUCAAACUGUUAGAUGAUCCAUGCCCGACACCAACUUUGCCAGAAUCAAAUGUAACAACACCUUCCAUGAAGGGAAUGAGACCAGAAGGUCAAAGAAAUAUACAAGAGAGUACAUUUUCUCUUACUGAGGAGCUUGAUCCAGAAAGGAAGUCCUCCAUACGCGUCAGAAAUCCCCCAGGUGGCAAGUCCUCAGGAUUCUGGUGAAGAUCACAAGCGCUUUGCUUCUGCAACAAUUAUAUUUUGCAAUAAGAUACCAAAGCUUAUUUUAUAGUUAAUCAUUUUUUGAAUGUUUGUUUGACUAAGUUAUGUAAGUUAUUAUAUUUAUAUGUAUAUGCAGCGGAUAUCAAAAUGUUGUGUUGUUAUAUUGGUAUAGCGUUUUAAAAGUAUAUUAACUCGAUUGUUUUUAAAAGUUUACAAACAGUUCGUCUUGUACAUAUCCGACUUAAAAAUUAUCAAUUAAAUUUUUUUCAUAAGUACUACAAUUUUACUGUUUUAGUUUAAUAGAUAUUUGUUUAUAAGUUUAUAUACUAAGAUGUACUGACUGAUAAAUUCUUUGAUUGGCUUAGAUCAAGCGCGUUUGAAAAUUAGGGUUACAUUUUUUUAAUGCCCUUUAAGAAAGAAGUAUUAAAGGGGAAAAUAACCCUUAUGGAUGAAUAAGGACAAUAGAUAAGAGUGGCAGGUAAUACAGUGGUAGGCCUAAAGUACGAUUUAAGGACCAGGUGGAAGACGGUUUACUAAUGUUAAGAGUACAAAAUUGGAAAACCAUGUCGAAAGAUAGGAAGGAAUGAAAACUGAUUCUAGAACAGGCCAAGACCCACUAUGGAUUCUAGAUCCAAUGAUGAUGAUGCAAUACGAUCAUCUUUCUUUUUCUCCUCUCGACUUUUUUAUCGUUAAACCUAAGACAAACGACUAAAAAAAUCGUGGGUAACACAUGCAGGAUCUAUAAAAUUAAUUAAUCAGAAAGAGUAGAUUAAGCAGUAAUUUGGCCUACCACUUAUGGCCAUCGUUUUCUUUUAAGUUUACGAUAUUGGGCAUAAUUAUGCUUUCAUUUAUCUGUGGUAUUUUAGAUAAGACCUACUGUAACUAAACUACGUACCUCAACAUCAUUCUCACUUAAAUGUGUAAUAUCUUCCAUGUGUCACACUGCUAAAUUAAGAUGUGUUGUGCUGACUUCUUCAUCUAAAUCGCUGCCAACAUCUGAAUUAGGCUACUCGAUUUCCAAAUUGUCAUCUUCCUAGUCACAAAGGUCUUUUAGAUGCUAUUUUACUAAAAGGAUUAAUUAUUAUUACUACAAAACUAAAACGUUAGGAUACAAUACAAAAAUCUCUUACCUGUUGACAGAAUAAAGUUUUUCUGUAACUCUGCAAAUCUGACUGCAAUCUGCAAAUAACUUCAAACGUGCACGCACACUGACGUCUAGCUCAAAAUUUCAUGGAUUAGGCAGCUACUAAGGAGCGUACAGCUGUGAGUUAAUCAAAAGAGCCUGAACGUAGAGUAUUCUAGGGUUAGUAGGUCGAAGACAGAAAUUUUUUAUAUCAAGACCAUGGUAUCCAUGUGACCUUGUGCAUCUAUUUAGGCAGCUUGUUAGAUUAAAAAUGUCCUUAAACCAUAAAGAAUAGUUAUAAUAAGACGAACUGUUUGUCAAUAGUAUUUUGAAAGGUAUUUACAAUUUUAAUAGGAAAAUAUGAAUGUUCGUGUAGGUUAAUUACAACGUUACAUACGGUUUGGGUUUUGACAAUAUAGGUUUUUAGUCAUGUUAUCUACAUGGUAGUGUGUCCUUAGUGUAAUAAUUGCCUUAAUUAUUAAUAACUCUAUUUAUAAAUUCAGAAAUUACUUUUUACUUCCUAUCGAUUGUUCAAAUUUAAAGGCUUUGUCAAAGAAUGGAAAUAAACAAAGUUGGAAUUGGAUAAAAGUUUACAAAUAGAUAUGAUUGGACAAGUGAAAGUUGUUUAAAUAGUUUAGUGUUUGAAAAGUUCUUGGGCUAAUAAUGGAAAUGACAAUUAGUGCUUUUAAGGAAGUUUUAUUUUUCAAAUAAUAUCCUUGGCAUCGAAUGUCAAAUAGCCAGAUCUAAUAGCAAUUAAUUUCACCAUUUUCAAAUCACUUUGGUAGGCAAGUGUAUUAGUGGAAAACGGUUUUUCAUUUUCUUUGAGAUUUUUCUUCUUCUCAAGAUACGCAAAAAGCAAAAGUGAAGAAACAAGAAAGAAAUACCAACGCCACGACUGUUUCUGUCGAUGACAGCGCCCUCACCUUCUUUGGAGUUGACAAAACGACUUCUAUGUAAUGCUCAGACUGCUGAUUGGUUUCGGAUUGUAUAACAGUGAAUCCGUGUUUUAUCCAUUGUAACGUAUCGACAAAAAGGUUUCCCGUUUUUCUUUCAAUAAACCAAACACUUUUCUACAAAUGUCACGUGAAGGUGUUUGUCCAAGUAGGCAUAAUUGGUACACAUCUUUCGCAAACCAUUUUUGGUGUUUCUGGUUGCAAUUAUUGAUGCAAGCCUGUUUAGCACGUUCUUUAGAUGGUGUCAGAGGAUUAGAAAUUUUAUCCACCUUUAUACUCUUAUAUUUCAAAACCAUCUCAUGCCUUUUGUCGAUGAUUUUUAGAAUUUCAAACUACACAAUAAGUAAUCACUUUUUCCGUUUUCACGCUAACCUCGACUGCUAUCAACAACUAAUGCCUACAGUCAACUGCUGACUAGAAUAACUUGCAAUGUCUACUUGGCGUUAAAUUCAUACUGAAAACCUAUGCAGUGUACAUAUGGCGCCUACUAAAAUGUGUAUCACCGUUAAGCUGAAAAUUGUAUUGUAUGUAUUGUAGCGACCUUAUCUGACCACUUAAGUGUACACACCAAAAAGCGAUGUUUUUUUAAGAAUUGUAUAAGACUGCUUUAGUUUUUAUUAUAAUGGAUAAUAGAUUAUUGUGAACAAUAAAUCUAUUAUAGAUUUAAUUAAAAAGAGAAGAGAAAAUAUCUAAACAUAGAUCACUAUCGUCGACUAAAUAGCUAUAUUUCAUGUCAAAAUCUAAAUGUAACUAAUAGUAGAGUAAGUAUGUUUGACCAUUGUUUCAAAGAUCCGUUUGGUAUGUUGUUUAUAUUUGUUUUUAGGUUAAGUUUUGUCGUUAUUUAUCGUAACCUAACCUUUUGGUACUUUGGUAUAUCAUGAAUGUAAUGCUAUGUCAU